AGGGCCGUAGUAACCCAUUCAUGGGGCCCGCGCGCGGCUGCAGCCUGGCUCCGUGGCGCUCGCAGCCACUGCCUCCUCUCGGCUCCGGGUCUUCCCCUUCCUUUUACAACUGAUCCUGUUGGGGAUUUUUUUUUUUUUUUUCUAAAUUGGAAAGGUGGGGAGGAGCAGGGAGGGGGGACCUGGAGGAAGAGGAGAGAUUAGGCAGCCAUCAAUUUCCUCCAGUUUCUCCCAGAACAGGUGAUGCUUCUAAAUAGUGAUCACUUUCAGGAGGCAGCACUGCAGCUGGAAGGAUGCGAGCGACCUAGAGUGGAGGGGCUGAGGCGGCAGAUCUGAACUUGCGGAGGAUAAGAACCCAAACUUUGACUACAUCAGUCCGCACCUCGCCAGUGAAGCAAAGGACGGGUUAUCUUUUUUUUUUUCUUUCUAAGACUCAAGUUUGGGCACUUGAUCCCUUUUCUUGGAUUGCUUUGGAGGAGACGAUUUGCUGGCAACUUUGGGAACAGUCAGGACUGUGUUGUAACUCUUACUUGUAAAGCGACAGUAGAGGAUCAGACUUUUUAAAUGUUUGGAAUUCAAGAUACUUUAGGAAGAGGACCAGCUCUGAAAGAGAAAUCGCUGGGCGCCGAGAUGGAUUCGGUCAGGUCCUGGGUCCGGAAUGUCGGAGUGGUGGACGCUAAUGUCGCGGCGCAGAGCGGGGUCGCCCUGUCCCGGGCCCACUUUGAGAAGCAGCCUCCUUCCAACUUGAGGAAAUCCAACUUCUUUCACUUCGUCCUGGCGCUCUAUGACAGGCAGGGCCAGCCGGUGGAGAUCGAGCGUACGGCCUUCGUGGACUUUGUGGAGAAUGACAAAGAACAAGGCAACGAGAAGACCAACAACGGCACUCACUACAAGUUACAGCUCCUCUACAGCAACGGUGUCCGCACGGAACAGGACCUCUAUGUCAGGCUCAUCGACUCGGUCACCAAGCAGCCCAUCGCUUACGAGGGACAGAAUAAGAAUCCGGAAAUGUGCCGAGUUCUCCUGACGCACGAAGUGAUGUGUAGUCGAUGCUGCGAAAAGAAAAGCUGUGGAAACCGAAAUGAGACUCCAUCGGACCCAGUCAUAAUCGACAGAUUCUUUUUAAAAUUUUUCCUCAAGUGCAAUCAGAAUUGUUUGAAAACAGCAGGAAACCCAAGGGACAUGAGACGGUUUCAGGUUGUGUUGUCAACAACGGUGAACGUGGAUGGACACGUCCUGGCUGUUUCUGACAACAUGUUUGUUCAUAACAACUCCAAGCAUGGACGGAGAGCAAGAAGACUCGACCCAUCGGAAGCUACCCCCUGCAUCAAAGCCAUUAGCCCGAGUGAAGGCUGGACCACAGGAGGAGCCAUGGUCAUCAUCAUCGGGGACAACUUCUUUGAUGGUCUCCAAGUGGUGUUUGGGACCAUGCUUGUAUGGAGCGAGCUAAUAACCCCUCAUGCCAUCAGAGUACAGACUCCUCCCCGGCACAUCCCAGGCGUGGUAGAGGUGACAUUAUCUUAUAAAUCUAAACAGUUCUGCAAAGGAGCCCCAGGAAGAUUCAUUUACACAGCAUUAAAUGAACCCACCAUAGACUACGGCUUCCAGAGACUGCAGAAGGUCAUCCCUAGGCAUCCUGGAGAUCCUGAGAGAUUAGCUAAGGAGAUGCUGUUGAAAAGAGCUGCAGAUCUAGUGGAAGCUCUUUAUGGCACACCACACAAUAACCAGGACAUCAUUUUGAAGCGAGCCGCAGACAUUGCUGAAGCCCUCUACAGCGUCCCCAGGAAUCCCAGCCAGCUUCCAGCCCUCUCCAGCUCCCCAGCGCACAGUGGCAUGAUGGGAAUCAACUCCUAUGGCAGCCAGCUUGGGGUCAGCAUCUCAGAGUCAACACAAGGAAAUAAUCAAGGGUACAUCCGCAACACAAGCAGCAUUUCUCCGCGGGGAUACUCUUCCAGCUCCACGCCUCAACAGUCUAAUUACAGUACCUCCAGCAACAGUAUGAAUGGCUACAGCAAUGUCCCCAUGGCCAACCUGGGUGUUCCAGGAUCACCAGGAUUUCUAAAUGGCUCACCCACUGGCUCUCCUUAUGGAAUCAUGUCAUCAAGUCCCACCGUUGGGUCUUCCAGCACAUCCUCCAUCCUCCCAUUUUCCUCUUCAGUUUUUCCUGCUGUCAAACAGAAGAGUGCCUUUGCCCCUGUCAUCAGGCCCCAAGGCUCCCCUUCACCUGCCUGCUCCAGUGGCAACGGAAAUGGAUUCAGAGCCAUGACCGGACUUGUUGUACCCCCGAUGUAAAGAAGAACUGCUUUCUUAUAGCACAAAACUACUUACUCUGAUGGACCAAUAAUGAAGAAAGCACUAUGAGCUCUUUUGGGGGUGUAGUGGUGCCCCCACAUGAACACGAUGGACACCCUUGGGUCUGCAAGGAGCCGGCAUCUUACUUGGUCCCACGUCCUCCUAUAGCUCUGAUGGUGGCUACACAAACUGACCCUCUUGGGACAAGGACAAAAGAUGUCAUUGACGUAGUCAGUGCUAAGAGCAGAAAUGCAAUUCUUUGUUAUGAACAUUAUGAAAACCACCUUCCUAUGUUUGUAAAAUAUUUAAGAAAAAAUUGGCAAACAAUUAAUGCUUAAUAUUUUGGAUACUAUUUGUUUUUCUUUGUAGGAAAAAAAGUUGAAAGUUUCUAUUUUCUAUGAAGCCUUUCAGAUACCAAUUUAGUUUAUGCAGAAAAAAAUUGAACAAAACAGGGUACCAGCAUGGAAGACUUUCUUAAAACGCAACCUGAAUUGAAUGAUGAAAUGUUGUAUGUGUGUUUGCUUAUAGCUUAAUCUCUUUAAAAAAUGAACAAAAAAAGGGAAAAAUUUUAAAAUGUUUUACAAUUAUUUAAAUAAAUAAACGUGUAACUUAUUGUAAGUAGAGGUAGAAAUUAAGACCUUUUUUUGGAAGAGAGAGGGAUUUCUCUUCCUGAUGUAAAAUGAAAAUGAUGCAAACAUGUAGUAACAAGUUUUAAAGGUGUGUGAUUAUUACUGCAGUUACUUACUAGAUUCUUAUCCCCUGUCCUGCACCCCCUCCUUUUCCAUCAUUUUAUUGACCCAAGGGCAAGAACAUGUAGAUUCCCACAGAACACCCUAAUGCAGAAACAGACACUCUAGCACAUGCACAAAUACUCCAACCCAUCAAUUCAUUCCCCUCCGUCUGAUUUCUAAAUAGUCCACACUCUUGUGAAUACUUUUAAAAAUUCCUAUUAUUAGCUUUCAAUGUUCUCCCGAGCAGUCCAGAGAAUUCCCAUGUUUGAGUCUGUCUCAGGCUUUCAGCAUCCCAAGGAAAGAAGCACCUCACCUUCUAGCAGAGCCAAAACCACAGACUUUCUUAACCAAGGGACCCCUUGGGAAUUCUUCCUCACCAGAACCCCACCACUCCCUCCACUUUGGGUGCCUGGUUCAGUACAGAGGUACACAGCCCCAUAGAACUACAGCAACACGGUUUGGAGAAGAUAACUCUGUUUGAUGGACUCUUUAGAAUCAGUCCUACAACAUCCAAGUCCUUUCCUCUCUCUGUCAAUUUCCUCUUUUAUGGCAUUAAACUCUCUUGAAAAACAUAGCUAACCCACUCGACAGUUUCUAGUCAAGAAUGAGAUGCAAUGUGGGAGAGGGAUAUUAAAAGCCCUAAUCCCCUCUUCUGAUGUUCAAAGAAAGGCAAGACCAGAUUCUUGGGAGAUCCAGAGAUUAGGGGCAUCUGUGUUCUAUGCAGCACAGUUACCCAGCCCUUUGAUGGGCGCUUCAUAGUUUUGUGACUAGCACUUAGAGGGGAAGAACCUUGCCUUAGCUGCUAACAGUGGUUGAUUCUUGAAAGCUUAUGUGAUCCUAGAGACAUAUCCAGGCAUAUUGGGAUUGCCAAUAAGGAUGUCACUUGUUUCCACAUUGGGGUUCUCCUUAUUGACUCAUGAGCACCACAGUAGAGUCUAUACACAGACUUAGUUUGGGGUUCUUGGUUGGGAUUUCAGCAUUAGAAAUAGAUGCAGCACUCAUGGAAAAACAUCAUGAGUGCAUCUGAGCCAAUUUUAGAUGACUUCAUUAAUUCUGCAAACCUUCUCUUUGACCCAUUGAUGCAGGCCCACAUCUAUCCAGCCCCAACUGUCUUAUUUGCCUUUAACCCAUUCUGGAAUUACCCAGUAUGACUUAUAUUAUUUCUAUGCACAUGAGAAUCCAAGGUUUUAGAAACCUGGCAUGCUUAUAACUACUGCUGACAGUCCCUCAUAGUCAGGGCUUAAAGCGCCAAAAUACACAGAAACAAGAGAAAAAGUCCCCCAGUGAGAAACCUGAUUGAUAGAAGGGGAAGAAUGUGUGGAAUAUGAAUGUUACCUUCCAAAAGUGAAGGCAGAGCAAAAUUAAGCAUGUUUAGCCCUGGAUUUGAGCCAAUCCAACAUAAGGAAAUUUUUUUUUUAAGUAGCAUUGCUUUUAGAACCUGUGAAUUUUCCUCUUGCAUGAAGAUGAGUGCAGUACUGUCUUCAAAAUGAUUGUAGAAUUUGUUGGUAGCUUUACACCGAAAAAUGCGUGUAACUAAAUACCAGACAUCCUUGGCCAUUCAGCUAGAACCCUGGCAGCAACAGAGCUAUUUAAUUGUACAAAUGUGUGUAAGGAUUAUUUUUAGUGUACUAAUAAAUUAAAAACAAAGCUACCCUGUCCUCGUUAGUCAUUGCUAUUCAAUCAUUCCAGUCCCGAGUUACUUUUGUGCCACUUGGAAUAUGAGUAUUUCUAUUGGUAACUACAAACUCUAUCCUGUGUUUGUAAGAGGAGCUGUGUAAGCUUUUUUUCAUUUAAAGGGACAAUUUACUUCAUUAUUUAUCUCAUUCUAUUGUUAUAGCAUUGUAAUUCUUCUCAGUUUUUCUUUGCACAUUUCAAUAUGCAUGGUUUAAAAACCAUUAACUUCCCUACCUUUUGUACAGUAAGGUUUCAUUUUCAAACUGUAUAGUUUCAUUUUAUUGUUUUGCUUUGUCAGUUAUAUACAGUAUAAAGUUGCUAUGCACAGAGCUUUUUGUAAAGACAGCUUUUUUGUUUACUGUUUUUAAUGGUCUUACUUAAAGAAUAUCUUGUUUGUAAAAUGAAUAUGUCUACUUCAGUUUUAAACUUUAAAUUAUCCUAACAAAAAAAUAAAAUUUUUGUACUGUAAAAAUGAGUGGACCUUUUUAUUUUAUUUUAUUUUUUUUUUUGGAGUGGUAGUUUGGAAUUUGUUCUUAAUGUUGGCAAUUUUCUCAUAACUGCUGGUCCCUGAGUUAUAUUUGAGGAAAUCUUACUAUAGAUUUUGUUUACAUGGAAUGUGUACUAAGUUACUCCCUUAAAGGAGAGCAUGACUUUUGUUCAUUUUUCUGUAUAUAUUCAUCUAUAUAUCCAUCUGUUCAAAUUCAUUCAUUAAAAAAACCCUCAAAACUGAAAGAAUCCUGUUUGCUCUGUUGGAUUUUGGCUAUACAGAAUUCCUGAGGUAGGUGGGCAGUCUCCCCUGAUUUGAAAUUGCUUGUUGAGCAAAUGUUACAACUUGAGCCAUCAGACACUGGGUGAAGAAUUGCAGGCUAGAACACAAAGACUUGACAUCUCUUCUUAAAUCAUAGGAAAGGAGUGAGAUGUGUACUCAUGGAAGAAAAUAAUACACAGACGAUAGCUCACUCAGGAAGAUAGAGAGGGCGCAGAAGCUCGGAGAAGACACCCAGACAGAGGGUUGGAGCUGCCAGAGAGGGUUCCUUCGCGGGAGGCAGGGCUGGACCAGGGCUCCAAAGAGCAGCAGGAAUUUUGCAGUAGAGGAGGUUAGUAGCGAGCACUCCAGAUGGGAAGGACAACAUAAAGACAUGCAAAGGGAAAUUCACAAAGCACACUUAGGAGAACCGGAUCCUACAUGUGAUUUUUCAACCAGAGUAUUCACAAGUGUACUUAAAAUUGGAUUAUUUCGUUUCUCUCUAGGGGAGUACAGAUAUCUUCAAACCACACGCAUUGCCCUCCUCACAUAAGUGGAUGCAAUCCUGCUUCUAAAUACUGAAAAAGUCACUGUGUUUUUGCUUUUCUCAAUGAAAACUAGCUCUCUGCCUAGUAGAAUGUUCUUCCCUUCGAUCUCUGCCUAGCUGUUGCCUUCUCAUCCUUCAGGCCUCAGUUUAUAUAUCACCUACUGAGGGAGGCCUCUGGUGACCACCUACUAUGCAGAUUCCCCUUCUUAUUCUCUGUAAUUAAACUCUGUUUGUGCCCUUUUCACACUUUGCAUUCAUUUGUUUGUUUCCUGCUGGCUGUCUCCCUCCACUUCUUUAGACAGAAAGCUCAUAAGGACAGGGACCGCAUCAGUCUCAACCCCAUAUUUGACCGAGGUUCUCAACACAUGCUUGUUGGAUGAGUGAACCAGCGGACUCAGUUCGGACUCCCAGAGGCGGCCCUGCCUUGUCAUGUGGGAGAGGCCACUGAUUUGUUACAAACGACAGAAAAUGGCAUCAUUGGCAGAAUCCACUCCUUAGGGACUCUCUUGUCAGUCAACUAAUCAAAAGAAUUAUGAAGUGUGUCUAUAAUGUAAUGUGGCUGGAUGUUUAACAGAGAAACUCAAAAUGGGAAGGAAAUGAGGAGAAAGCAACCUCUGGCUGGUCGCCUGUUGUAGAGGUUGCUCAGCCCUGGAACUUAUCCCAUGUGGAUUUUCUCACUCGGAUGUGAUUCUAGAACCAGAAUCUGGAUCUUUUAGGGAAAUGUAUAUUCCAUUCCUGUUCCAGGUUGGACAAUGUUAACCACACACUUGAAUCUCAAAGAGUCUUUGGUGCAUUUACCAAAUGGCAAGAAGUCCAGAGUGGCUAUUGGGCACUGAAUGUGAGAGUGUUAAGAUUUGAAACUUUAAGAAUUAGGUGGGGACUAUGUCCUAAAAGACUGUUCACAAUGCCAAAGACUUUAGACUUCAUACAUUGAUCUAUACUGCAGGUAAUGGAACUCAAAGAAACUUACAGAGUGACAUGAUCAACUUUAGACUUUAGAUAAAUCAUAAUAACUACAAUGUGUGUGAUGGACUGUAGAUUGUAGAUAUUAGAGGCAAGGAGACCAAUUAGGCAAGGACCAAAGACAGCUGAUGAGCACCAGUGUUCUGGGCUAUUGUUUAUGACUGGUGUCCUUUCUAAUUGCUCAGCACCUGUGUGGCACCAGUUGUGAAAUGUUUUAAAAUUGCUCCUGCAAUUAAGAUACUAUUGCAAUAGUCUAAACACAAAUGACUCAUACUUGAACUAAGGCAUGACAAUAGAGAUGGAAAGCAGAGGAAAGAUUUCAGAGAAUGUUUUACAGUUUGACAGGAGUUAUUGACUAGCGAAAUGUUGGAAUGAAGAGAAUGGGGUGACUAGGAUAAAUCCCAGUUUGCCAGUUAGACAAUCAGAUUUUGGGAUAUCAUUAACUGAAGUAGGGAGUACAGAGGGGGGAUAUCUUGGGAAGGGUGGAAGGAAAUGAUUUUAAAUUGGGGCACACCUGGCACACAUCCUCCUCUUCCUUCUUGGUUCACUGAAGGCUGUUUUCUAGCAGUUUAAUCAAGAAGGACUUAGGAGAAUUAUGCUUCUUGGUUCGUGCACACCAAAAAGAGAUUAUUUCUAUUUGAAUGGCUAUUCGGUUAAGUAUUAAAUCUAAAAUUGGGGGGGUUAUACUUUGAGGAUUCAUAGGAGUUUUUGUUUAUUUGCUAUGUUGCUGUGGCGACGUCUAAAGCCAUGACUUUCUUAUCCUCUAUUAUUUUACUUAUUUAAGCAAGGCAAUCCUAUAAUUUUUUUGUGUAAGUCAUGACACUUUUGAGAGUGAGGGAAACACAAUACAUAAUUAUGGCUGGAAAACAUGCAAAUUGAGACUAGCUCAUGGUCUCUCUAUUUACAAGUGACUUGAUCUUUUUGUCUGCCAGCCCCAGAGGCUUUCUAUGGGAAGCCAGUCCCUUUACCAGGAUAUAGCUGGAUGUUGAUUGUCCUGUGUCAUUUUUUCCCCAGUGUUCCCUUUCAAUGUGUAGAUUCAAAUUGUCCUUUAUUUCUGGCAACUUUAAUUAUGAUGUUAAAAUAUAUUCUCUGUUCCUUCAUUCUGGUCUUUCUGGUCCCCUUUUCUGGUCUUUCUAAAGACACAAGUGAGGCUCUCUAGCCUCCAUCGUUUGUGUCCGUCACAUCCUCUCUAAAUGCAUACUGUUUGCUUGCCUUUCUCACUCUUGUCUGCCUUUGUGUUCCUUCUAAUUUCUCAGUGGCUUUUAUUUUUUGUUUCACUAUUUUCAUGAGUUGUGCCAGGUUAUAUUUCAUCGGUUUUAUUGUGCUGCCCAUUUUCAUGGAACUGCUGCAUCUCUGCAUUGAGCUAUUGUUUCAUAGAAAUAUUGGUUUUUAAAAUGAUUAAGGCAAUGAGCUUGAUCAGAAUUACCACCAGCUCCGUGAGAACCUUUUUCUUUCUGGUGACUAUCCAUCAACUAUCCAUUGUUUUCCUUUCCUUUUUCCUUCCCCUCUCCUUCACAGUGUAUGCAUAUAUAUCAUAUUCUGAUACCUUUUUGUCAGCAUUUAUCUUUGAUUGAAAUGAAUUUUUCCUGGACCAGCUAUUUGCCAGAAGUUUGGGAGGGGAGGGUCAGGGCUAUGUAUUAGGGUAACAAAAAUUCUUAUUUCAGAAUUCUUAUGUGUGUACAUGCAUAUGCGUGUAUGUGUGUGUGUGUGUGUGUGUGUGUGUGUGUGAGAGAGAGACAGCAUGUGUUUUUUUUUUUUUGUUUGUUUGUUUGUUUGAGAAGGAGUCUUGUUCUGUCACCCAGGCUGGAGUGCAGUGGUGUGAUCUCAGGCCACUACAACCUCUACCUCCUGGGUUCAAGUGAUUCUCAUGCCUCAGCCUCCCAGGUAGCUGGGAUUACAGGCAUGCAUCACCACAUCCAGCUAAUUUUUAUAUUUUUUAAUAGGGACAGGGUUUGCCAUGUUGGCCAGGCUGGUCUCGAACUCCUGGCCUCAAGUGAUCCUCCUCGGCCUCCCAGAGUGCUGAGAGUAUAGGUGUGAGCCACCACACCCGCCAGACCACUCUUCCUUGCCAACUGGCCGCUUCUUAUAUCUGUGGCUUGUUUGGGUGAUUUCCUCAUUCAGUUCUGCCUACUGAGCUUCAUCUCUCUGCCAGAUGAGGUCCAGAGAUACGUCUGCAGUCAGACUCCAUGCUCAUCCCAGUGGUUACAAACAAGAGGCUGCUGGUUUGGGCCUUCGAGAUAGUCCUACUGUUUCCCCCCAGCUUUUUCUGAUGUUAGCAGCUGAAGUAGCCUUUCUCAGUCUCUCCACACUCCUGUUUAAUUUUCACAGCCAUUGCCACCCCUUU